UCCGCCUUUGAGAUCGAUCGGACGGUCACUGUAGAAAGUUGAAACUGUUGAUCGGAUUAACCCCGUGGGGGAUAGACAGAUACACUUUACGUACCCCGCCUUCAAAACAAACGGAACAUCUUCCGAGAUCAUCACAAACAUAACUGGCCUUGAAAAGAAUCAUUAUAAGGGCAUCUAACAUGCCUUCUUGAAGGACUCCUCCCUGUCCCAUCUCCUCUUACUUUUAUCUCCCACAACCAUGUCCCUCCCCUCAGAGUGCACCAUCCUCGUUAUCGGCGGCGGUAACGCCGGUUUCUCAGCUGCAUUGCGAGCAGCCGAAUCAGGCGCCAAAGACGUCCUCAUCAUCGACAAAUGUCCCGAAGAAUGGGCUGGUGGAAACUCCUAUUUCACAGCGGGUGCAUACCGGACUGUUCACGAUGGACUGGAGGAUCUCCUUCCUAUCGUGAACAAUGUCGAUCCAGCUACUGCGGAGAAGAUCGACAUGAGUCCCUAUACUGCUGAUGACUUUAUGCAUGAUUUGAUCCGAAUCACGAGUGGGAGGUCGCAUCCUGAUCUGGCGAGGAUUCUGGUUCGGGAUUCGAAUGAGACGAUUAAGUGGUUGGCGACACAAGGGGUGCGGUUUCAGUUAUCUUUCAAUCGACAGGCUUAUGAAGUUGAUGGGAGGAUUAAGUUCUGGGGAGGCAUGUCGUUGAAGACGGAAGAUGGAGGGAAGGGUCUUAUUCAAGAUUAUCGCAGAGCUGCUGAGAAGUUGGGCGUUUCUGUUCACUUCUCGACGGCUGCGAAGAGCCUGGUCAUGGAUCCAGAGACUGGGCGCAUUACCUCCGUUAUUGUCGUUCAUGAAGGUCGUGAGAGAGAGAUUAAAGCGAAGGCUGUGAUCCUCGCUGCGGGUGGAUUUGAAGCUAAUCCUCGUAUGCGCGCGCAGUAUUUGGGUCCCAAUUGGGACAUGGCCAUGGUUCGCGGCACGCCAUACAAUACCGGUGAAUGUCUCGAGAUGGCCAUCCGCGAUGUAUCUGCCAAACAAGCGGGGAAUUGGUCUGGCUGCCACUCUGUCGCCUGGGACGCUAAUGCUCCACCCAACUCGGGAGAUCGUGAGGUUUCUAACCAAUUCACUAAAUCCGGCUAUCCCCUCGGUAUCAUGGUCAAUCGGGAGGGUGAACGAUUCGUCGACGAAGGAGCCGAUAUGCGUAACUUCACAUACGCCAUCUUUGGCAAGGCCAUCCUUCAUCAACCUGGCCAUAUCGCAUUUCAAAUCUGGGACUCCCGGAUGACUCCCUGGCUACGACAAGAAGAGUAUCGCGACGAAGUCGUCCGGCGGAUCACGGCUCAGACGGUCCCUGAUUUGGCCCAUUCGUGCGCAGAGCAUGGUUUGCAGAAUAAGCUGAAGUUCGAAGAUACUCUUAAAGAAUAUAAUCGCGCCGUAUAUGAAUGGCGCAGGGAGAAUCAAAGUGCGAAAUGGGAUCCAGCCAUUAAGGAUGGCAUGUCGACACAGUCGAGCAGUGGUGGAAUCAAUCCGCCAAAAUCUAACUGGGCUCAGCCAAUCGAUCUGCCGCCAUACCUUGCUGUCAAGGUCAGCUGUGGCAUAACUUUCACUUUUGGUGGGUUGGCAGUCGAUCCCGAGACUGCUGCGGUAAUAUCAUCUGUCACGAAUGCUCCUAUUCCCGGGUUAUAUUGUGCUGGAGAGAUGCUGGGCGGCCUGUUCUACGAUAACUACCCUGGAGGUAGCGGAUUGACGGCUGGUGCUGUCUUUGGACGCAGAGCUGGUCACUCUGCAGCUGCAGCUGCAGCUGCUAUGGCAUAGUCGUGAAGCUUUGGUGAUCGCGUAGAUUGUGGAUCUAUAAGCUGACAUACCUACGGCCGGUUCGAUGUCCUGACAGUGUAAAACUCGAAGUGCAAAUCACAUUCACUAUACAUAAGAGGAUAGGUAGACAGAGACGGAAAUUGUAUGCAAGAUAGACAUGAAACAACGCCACUGCUCAAGGAAAUAC